CGCCGCCGCGGGAGGAGCGGGGAAAAGGAAGCGGGAGGGAGGGAAGGAAGGGGGCAUCAUUCCCCUGGCUGCUCGAUGCGGGGCGCGGGGUGCGGGGCGCUGCUGCUGCUGCCGGCGCUGCUGCAGGGCUGGGCCGCCUGCCAGGCGCCGCCCGUGCCCGCCGAGGGCGAGGGGCUGCGGCUGGAGCGGCGCUUCGUGCCCGACAGCUGCCCGCGGGCCGUGCGGCCGGGGGACUUCGUGCGCUACCACUACCUCGGAGCCUUCCCCGACGGCACACGCUUCGACUCCAGCUAUGACAGGGGAUCCACAUUUAACGUGUUUGUGGGAAAGGGUCAACUCAUUGCUGGGAUGGACAAAGCUCUGGUCGGCAUGUGUGUGAAUGAGCGGCGGUUUGUGAAAAUUCCCCCCCAGCUCGCCUAUGGAAGUGAAGGAGUCCCUGGUGUGAUACCCCCCAACUCUGAGCUCCAUUUCGAUGUGCUCCUGAUAGACCUUUGGAACUCAGAGGAUGAAGUGCAGGUUCAGACUUACUUCAAACCUGAGAAAUGUUCUCGGACAGUCCAGGUGUCUGACUUUAUACGAUAUCAUUAUAAUGGAACAUUCCUAGAUGGGACCCUGUUUGAUUCAAGCCAUAAUCGGAUGCGAACUUAUGAUACCUAUGUGGGAAUUGGAUGGCUGAUUCCUGGUAUGGACCAGGGUCUGUUGGGAAUGUGUGUAGGCGAGAAGCGCAUUAUCACAAUACCACCUUUCCUGGCAUACGGAGAAGAAGGAGAUGGUAAGGAGAUCCCUGGCCAAGCUUCCCUUGUAUUUGAUGUGGUUUUGUUAGAUCUCCAUAACCCCAAAGAUGGUAUUACUAUUGAGAACCAGCAAGUGCCCGAAUCUUGUGAGCGGAGAAGCCAAACAGGAGACUUUCUCCGAUACCAUUACAAUGGCACACUUCUGGAUGGCACAUUGUUUGAUUCCAGCUAUUCACGAAAUCGUACAUAUGACACCUAUGUUGGGAAAGGUUAUGUGAUUGCUGGAAUGGAUGAAGGUUUGCUAGGUGUAUGCACUGGUGAAAAAAGAAGAAUAAUAAUCCCCCCUCAUCUUGGAUAUGGAGAAGAAGGAAGAGGAAAGAUUCCAGGAUCUGCAGUGCUGGUCUUUGACAUCCACGUGGUUGACUUCCACAAUCCCUCAGAUUCAGUCAGCAUUACUGUAAACUACAAACCUCCCAACUGCACCGUACUGAGUAAGAAGGGAGAUUACUUGAAAUAUCACUACAAUGCUUCGCUCCUGGAUGGUACUUUGUUAGACUCAACACACAGCCUUGGCAAGACCUACAACAUAGUUCUGGGAUCCGGACAGGUGGUGGUGGGGAUGGACAUGGGCCUUCAAGAUAUGUGUGUUGGGGAGCGACGAACAGUCGUUAUUCCACCUCAUCUUGGUUAUGGAGAAGAUGGAGUUGAAGGAGAAGUGCCUGGUAGUGCUGUAUUAGUUUUCGACAUUGAACUGGUGGAACUGGUGUCUGGCUUGCCUGAAGGAUACAUGUUUGUGUGGAAUGGAGAAGUCUCUCCCAAUCUUUUUGAAGAAAUAGACAAGAAUCGCGAUGGAGAGGUUCUUUUGGAGGAGUUUUCAGAGUACAUUCGAGCUCAAGUCGAUUCCGGCAAAGGAAAACUGGCUCCUGGUUUUGAUUUUGAAAAGAUUGUUAAGAACAUGUUCACCAAUCAAGACCGAGAUGGAAAUGGUAAAGUUACUGCUGAAGAAUUCAAGCUGAAAGACCAGGAGGCCAAAGAGGAACAUGAUGAACUGUAAAGCUAAGAAAAAAAAGAAGAGUCCUGAGCUGACCUACUGUUAAAAUGCGUGUACUGGAAGAGGUUUUGGCAAGCAUGUUCCUGAAAGGUUAGCACUCAGCUAGGUAGCCUAUGUCUGCCUGUGCUGGUGUGCUGGCAGGCUGUUAAAAUAGGAAGAAGUUUUUGGUUGGAAUUGUUAGGUAUAUUUGAAAAAACUGUUAAGUGCCUCAAGACAGGAUGUAUAAACAGAUAAAGAAUGUACUGCCAUACAUGGCAGUGUCACCCACGUGGUUAGGUUUUGUGCUAAAGAUUAGAAGUUGUCAUUGAACAAUGCACAGUCACAUGGAUGGAUGAAUGGUAGGGAGAAAACUUACUGAGUGCUUUUAAAAGAGUUUUAAAAACAACCUUCUGUAUGAGAAAUAUUUGCAUGGGAGAACAAAACAGAAAAAUAUUCCCCGUGAAGAUAACCUGUAAAAAUUGUCAGACAUGGAGCCCAGUUCCUUUCAGAAGGUGUGAGCACUCUUUCUGGUAACAGAACAAACUCAUACAAAUAUUUGCCAGCAGGAGCUCUGAUCUGGAAAUUGCAGAGCAUGCAAAUGAUAAGUAUGCCAUUGCAAAACUUCUGCAAGCUGUGAAUUAAACUGUAUGGGCCUACAACUGUUACCUUGUACGUGUUGGGUUUCUACCUUACAGAAUAAAAGGUUGCUGCCAUCUAUAUUGUAUUUAAUUAAGAACCUCAAUCCUUCUUGCUGGCCUGUUGAAACAGUGUUCUGAUCAAUGAUUCCCAAACCUUUCUUGUUGCAACCUUAUUUAUAGUUUUGUUAGACUUUAAAUAUUAGCGUUAUGGGGUUCAAAUGCUGUCAUAAAUACUGAAUAAGAUUGAUUUUAUGUUGGGCUUCUGCCUGUUCCUUUGGGAAUUGUUAGACUAAGGAGUAAGUACUUAGAGCUUAUGCAGCAGAGCAGUCUGGCACAGCGAAUAAACAACAAGGCAGUGAUAGGAUCAAGAAGCAGACCCAUCUGUUUAUGCCUGCAAAUGUUCUGGCCUAUCCCUCAAUACAAAAUAAGGCCUGGGAGUGCUGUUUAGAUUAUGCGAGCUCCUGAGACAAUCGGCCAUUAGAGCUAUAAAUGUAGCAAGCUGUUUAAUGGAAAAUACAGUAAACAGAAGUGUUUUUCUGGAAGGCUUUGUGAUUUCCCCUUCGCUAGGCUACACAUAAAGAGCACAAAUACAUAUAGUGUGACAAUGUUGAAAAAAGGGAGUUGUGUUUCCGUUACAUGCUUUUUGUCUGGAUUCUUGCUUUUCUUGAUCUGUACCUAUAGGUUGUAAACUCCCCAAGAUGCUCUUUUUAAAAACUGAUAUUUUAAUUGGAUGGAAACAUUUUGUAUUGGGUUUUGAUAGAGUUGUUUAGAAAAUGCAGUGAAAUAUUUUUUUUUAGUUUGAUACCAGUAAAUGUGGGAUAACUGAUUUUUUCAUUAAAUAAAACAUUGACCAAC